UUCUUCUAGACAACAGAUUGAUCCAAAGGGAGAACCACAAAAGCAACUUCAUGGUCUUAUUCGGGGGCCUCCAGGAGCAACCCACUGUUACCCAGUCACGAGUGGACGAUGACCAGUACCCUGGUGAUGAUGCAACAAUGGAGGAGGACACUGAAAAGCGUAAUUUGGAGGCUGAGUUGGAUGCUGAGUUUGCUGUGCUUGAUCCUGAGUUAGAUGCUCAGCUGGAGGAUGAGCUAUCACGUGCUGUCCCUAAGACAGGACGUGGCAUGGAUAAAGGAGAUGAUGCUCUUGCAGACUCAAGUCAAAGGAAGUUGCUUAGCCUUAAUCGCCGAGGCACAUUCAGCCAUGAGAGGUUUGGGAGGACUGCAACAGUAAUAUGGAAGUACUUGUAUGAUGAGCCAGUGCUUUUUUGGUCUAGUUGGCCUGAGGAAAAUAAAAGGGUUGCUUGGAAGAAUUUCAAAGUAUGAAAAUUAUAGAAUAAGUGAAGUAUUUUUUA